UUUUUUUUUCUUUGUGUUGUACAUGAAAUUUCAACAUGCCUGACAUUACUCUCAUCGUACUUCAACAUGGCUUAUGGGGUGUAAGUUCACAUAUGAACUAUAUUGAAGAAAACCUACACAAACACCUGAAGGAUCAACCAUUCGAAAUAUUCAAUUCCAAAGUCAAUGAAGGCAAAUAUACUUACGAUGGGAUAGACUUGUGUGGUGAACGACUAGCAAAGAAGAUUCAAACAUUGGUGAAUGAACUUGCCAAGGAAGAUAAGAUAGUCAGAAAGCUUAGUAUGGUUGGUUAUUCUUUGGGUGGAUUGAUAUCUCGGUAUGCUUUGGGAUUACUGUACAAGGAUGGAUUUUUCAAUACUAUAAAGCCAGUGUUUUUCGUUACUUUUGCAACACCACAUAUGGGCGUUCGACGACCAAAAACAUCCUUCUUUUCCAAAGCUUUCAAUUUCUUUAGUGGUCGAUUGGUAUCUCGGACUGGUGAACAACUACAAUUAAUUGACAAGUUUGAUAAAAAUUUGCCGUUGCUCUGUGUCUUGGCUUCGCCAGAUCAACCUUAUUACCAGGCACUUGAAAAAUUUGAAAUUAUUCGAACCUAUGCCAAUGUUAAGAAUGAUCGUACUGUACCAUAUUGGACUGCGGCAAUGACAACGGGGAACUAUUUUUCAGAACUAGAAAAAAUUGAUAUUGCCCUUGAUCAAGAUUACAAAGCCAUCAUUACUGGUUAUGAUAUCGCCGAUAAAUCGAAAAAGAUGAAACAUUCAAAGAAAAAAUAUCUUUGGAAAGCAGUUUUUUAUGUUUUGGCACCUAUUGUUUUCCCUAUAUUCGCGCUUUUUGCCAUCAUCUACAUUGGAUCUCAAGGUGUUAUCUCUCGAUAUCGUGUCGCCAAAAUCCUCAACUCAUCCUUAGCAAUUUCUGGUGUUUCCAAAUCUUCUCCUACCGAUCAUCCAGCAAUAUCAUCACGAUCAACAUCAUCCGACGCCACCAUUGAUCAAGACAAUGAAAAUCCUGUAUUAUCUGGAACUUUGGAUGCUAUCAAUAUUUCGGCUAACGUUCAAGAUCCCACAGAACAUCUUUCCCCACAUCGACUAGGUAAUUGGUGUAAUGUCAUACCGUCUGAAUCUUUGAAGAAGAAAUAUCCGGAAUUCAAGUUUGAUCCCUGCGUCAUGGACAUUCAAAAGAACUUAUCUCAACUACCUUGGCAAACGGUUCUUGUCUGUAUACACUCAUUCAAUGCUCAUGGCAGUAUCAUUUGUAGGCAAAACAUACAUACGACACCAGAUGGUGAAACGGUUGUUAGACACUUUUUGGAUACAGUACUAGAUUAGAAUAGAAUCUUUUUUUUUUUUGUUAUUCCAAAUAAACUCAUAUCCGUAUUGUAUAUCAUUA